CAUGGGACGAUGACAACUCAGAGAGAAAAAAGGCCCGAGGUCACCCUCGCUUGCCUCCUCUUAGCCGCGGCAGGCUGCUUUGCCGACUUGAACCAGGUCCCUCAGGUCACUGUCCAGCCUUCUUCCACGGUCCAGAAGCUCGGAGGAGCGGUGAUCCUGGGCUGCGUCGUGGAGCCCCCGUGGAUGAACACCACCUGGCGCCUGAAUGGGAAGGAGCUGAAUGGCUCAGAUGAUGCCCUGGGCAUCCUCAUCACCCGCGGGACCCUCGUCAUCACCGCCCUCAGCAACCACACCGUGGGACGGUACCAGUGUGUGGCCCGGAUGCCUGCAGGAGCUGUGGCCAGCGUGCCGGCCACUGUGACGCUAGCCAACCUCCAGGACUUCAAGUUGGACGUGCAGCACGUGAUUGAAGUAGAUGAGGGGAACACAGCGGUCAUUGCCUGCCACCUUCCUGAGAGCCACCCAAAAGCCCAGGUCCGAUACAGUGUCAAGCAAGAGUGGCUAGAGGCAUCUAGAGAUAACUACCUGAUCAUGCCGUCGGGAAACCUCCAGAUUGUGAACGCGAGCCAGGAGGAUGAGGGAAUGUACAAGUGUGCUGCCUACAACCCAGUGACCCAGGAAGUGAAAACCUCAGGCUCCAGUGAUAGGCUCCGCGUGCGCCGUUCCACUGCCGAGGCUGCUCGCAUCAUCUACCCACCAGAGGCCCAGACCAUCAUCGUCACCAAGGGCCAGAGUCUGAUCCUGGAGUGUGUGGCCAGUGGGAUCCCACCCCCACGGGUCACCUGGGCCAAGGAUGGGUCCAGUGUUGCCGGCUACAACAAGACACGCUUCCUGCUGAGCAACCUUCUCAUCGACGCCACCAGUGAGGAGGACUCGGGGACUUACCGCUGCAUGGCCGACAACGGGGUUGGGGAACCUGGUGCAGCAGUCAUCCUCUAUAACGUCCAGGUAUUUGAACCCCCUGAGGUCACCAUGGAGCUGUCCCAGCUGAUCAUCCCAUGGGGCCAGAGUGCCAAGCUCACCUGUGAGGUGCGUGGGAAGCCCCCGCCCUCUGUGCUAUGGCUGAGGAAUGCCGUGCCCCUCGCCUCUAGCCCACGCCUCCGACUGUCUCGCGGGGCCCUGCGGGUAGUCAGCGUAGGGCCUGAGGACGAAGGCGUCUACCAGUGCAUGGCUGAGAACGAAGUUGGGAGUGCCCAUGCCGUGGUCCAGCUGAGGACCGCCAGGCCAGCUACAACCCUGAGGCCAUGGCAGGACGCUAAGCUGGACACUGCCACCCCUUCCAUGCUGCCCUCCAGACCUGGAAGCCCUGACCAGAUGCUAAGGGGGAGCCCAGGGCUCCCAAAGCCCCUGACAUCAGUGCAGCCAGCUUCCCCACAGUGCCCUGGAGAGAAGGGGCAGGUGGCUCCUGCUGAGGCACCCAUCAUCCUCAGCUCACCCCGGACCUCCAAGACGGACUCAUAUGAGCUGGUGUGGCGGCCUCGGCACGAGGGUGGUGGCCAGGCGCCAAUCCUCUACUACGUGGUGAAACACCGCAAGGUCACAAACUCCUCUGACAAUUGGACCGUCUCCAGCAUUGCAGCCAGCCAGCACCGCCUGACCCUCACCAGACUCGACCCUGGGAGCUUGUAUGAAGUGGAGAUGGCAGCUUACAACUGUGGAGGCGAAGGCCAGACAGCCAUGGUCACCUUCCGAACUGGACGGCGACCCAAACCUGACGUCAUGGCCAGCAAGGAGCAGCAGAUCCAGAGAGACGACCCCGGAGCCAGCCCCCAGAGCAGCAGUCAGCCAGACCACGGCCGCCUCUCUCCCCCUGAAGCUCCGGACAGGCCCACUAUCUCCAUGGCCUCUGAGACGUCAGUGUAUGUGACCUGGAUUCCCCGUGGGAAUGGUGGUUUCCCAAUCCAAUCCUUCCGUGUGGAGUACAAGAAGCUAAAGAAAGUGGGGGACUGGAUUCUGGCCACCAGUGCCAUCCCUCCUUCCCGGCUCUCGGUGGAGAUCACUGGCCUAGAGAAAGGCACCUCCUACAAGUUCCGGGUCAGGGCUCUGAACAUGCUGGGGGAGAGUGAGCCCAGCGCCCCCUCCCGGCCGUAUGUGGUGUCGAGCUAUAGUGGCCGUGUGUACGAGAGGCCUGUGGCAGGCCCUUACAUCACCUUCACCGAUGCUGUCAACGAGACCACCAUCAUGCUCAAGUGGAUGUAUAUUCCAGCAAGUAACAACAACACCCCAAUCCAUGGCUUUUAUAUCUAUUAUCGACCCACAGACAGUGACAAUGAUAGUGACUACAAGAAGGAUAUGGUGGAAGGGGAUCGAUACUGGCACUCCAUCAGCCACCUGCAGCCAGAGACCUCCUACGACAUUAAGAUGCAGUGCUUCAAUGAGGGCGGGGAGAGUGAGUUCAGCAACGUGAUGAUCUGCGAAACCAAAGCCCGGAAGUCUUCUGGUCAGCCCGGUCGACUCCCACCCCCAACUCUGGCCCCACCUCAGCUGCCACCCCCAGAAACCGCAGAGCGGCCUGUGGGCACCGGGGCCAUGGUGGCACGCUCCAGCGACCUGCCCUACCUGAUUGUUGGGGUUGUCCUGGGCUCCAUCGUCCUCAUCAUUGUCGCCUUCAUCCCCUUCUGUUUGUGGAGGGCCUGGUCUAAGCAAAAACAUACCACAGACCUGGGUUUUCCUCGAGGUGCCCUUCUGUCCUCCCCCUGCCAAUAUACUAUGGUACCACUGGGAGGACUCCCAGGCCAACAGGCCAAUGGGCAGCCCUACCUCAGUGGCACCAGUAGCCGGGCCUGUGCCCGUGGGAUCCAUGUGAACAGGGGCUGCCCUGCAGCUGCCCUGGCCUACCCAGGCGUGAAAGCUCAGCAGCACUGCCCAGGGGUGCUUCAGCAGCAGGAAGACACCAGCGGCCUGCUAAAGCAGACCAUUCUUGGCACUGGAUAUGACCCCCCCAGUCACCAGAUUCCCAGGGGUCCCAAGUCUAGCCCAGACGAGGGCUCUUUCUUAUAUACACUGCCUGAUGACUCAGCUCACCUGCUGCUCCAGCCCCACCAAGACUGCCGCCACCUCCAGGAACAGCCCGCCGCCACAGGCCAGUCAGGCACGAGGAACGUACCCCAGAGCCCUGGGCUGGAAGCAACCUGGGACCCUCUUUUUCACCGAGGGCCCCCGUGCUGCUUGGGCCUUGUACCAGUUGAAGAGGUGGACAGUCCUAACUCCUGCCAAGUGGGUGGAGGAGACUGGUGUUCCCAGCACCCCACAGGGGCCUACAUAGGGCAGGAACUUGGGAUGCGGCUCUCCCCCAGCUCACCAGUGCACGUAGCUUUUGAAACACCACCUCCUACAAUUUAG